AAACACGCGAGGCAUGCCGGGAUACAUGCCAGCCUGCCAUCUUGGAGGUUUUUGUUUCUUCGCGAUCGUCUUGCGGGUUUCACGUCGCGAAAUUCUAUCCUCUUGGGGACCAUUCCUCUAGUCUUGUCCCCUCAAUACCUCGCAAGACGUCUUGUGAACGUGUGCGCCGUUCCCAGAAGGAGUUGGGGAAGAGGAGUUUAAAUUUUUACAGAGGCAGCCCGUCCCCAUCUACCGCGGUCCUUCGGUCCUCCACUACCGAGGAGGUUGGAGAAAGACUCCUUGGUGAAACGGAGGUUGUGAGGAGGACCUUCCUAACGUCUGCAGUGUGCAAUGACAGCCGUCCUGCCGCCCCAGCAACCCAGCUAUGGCACAGACACUGGGAUAGGGUCGGGGGACUCCUUCUUCGACGACACGCCGACCAGCCGUACCCGCUCUCCGCCCUCCCCCGCCGGUCGCCCUCCCCGCCCCGGCGUAAGGCUACCAUGUCCGGCGGGAAGACCCGCUCCCGAUCCCGGUCGGACUCCUACACGGACGCCUCCUACUCAGACUCGUUCGACUCCGAGUCCGAGACGCGAACCCCGACUCCCACAAGGGCCGGCAAGAAGAAGGGGAAACGGGCGUCCAGCGAAACUUCUCCGAGAAAAGACAAAGUUGGCUCCUCAAACAGCAGCAUUUUCAUAACCAGAACGCGAAGAUGGCCGUCGACUUCUUCUCUAACUAGUGCAAAAACUACUGUCACAAAGCACCAUUCAGGGUCCCGUGGGCCCCGCUACCGUCCGCAGAGUCUACAAAACACACCACGGCCACAUGGACAGGGUGAUAUCGUCACGCGACGCAUGCUGUCAGCACGGCGCGUCAAAAUCAAGGACCUCACCAGCCAGAUCUUUGAGCUGCAGCGGGAACUAGACGACUUAAAACGGGAGAACAAACUCCUGAAGACGCUACAGCACAAGCAGGAGAAGGCACUGACAAGAUUCGAGGACCAGGAGAGCGACCUGCCCCAGCUUCUCGCGCGGCACAGCGCCGAGGUUCGGAACUUGAAGGAGCGGUUACGACACAAACAGGACAGUAACCACCGCUCGGAGCAGAAGAUUAAGGACUUGCGGGACGACCUGGAGAAGAAGGAACACCAGGUCACCAAGCUGCAGAAAAUCGUCAGGGACAAAAAUCUUGCCGAGAGAGAUGAACUGAACAGGAAGCUGAUGAGGACGGAACAGAUGCUGCUGGACAAGGAGAAAAAAGUCGCUGAGUUGAAUAAGCACCUGGAGCUUGUACAGGGCAGCUCUACCCGGCAGCUGAACGCGGAGCGAACACGGCACAAGGAGACUCAGGACAAGCUGUCUGCACUGCAGGAGGAGUAUGAUCGUCUGCAAAACAAACUCAAGGAAAAGGAGAAGGAACUAGACAUCAGGAACAUCUACUCCAACAGGUUAAAGGUCGGAGGGUCCAAGGCACCCAGUGUGGAGACCAGCCCAAGGAGACCAAAGGCCCAGCAUAAGAACACUGCGACAGACGAGUCUAAGGAUGACUCCUUCUUCCUGACAGCUCAGCUGCACGACUCGCUGGAGGAGGAGAGGAGGAGACGGGAGGACGAGGAGCGCAAGGAGAGGGAGCGGCAGGAACAGGAGCGUGAGGACAGGGAGCGGAGACAACGCGAGGAGAGAGAACGUGCAGAACGAGAGAGAGAAAGGCUGGAGAGGGAGACACGAGAACGGGAGCUCCAGUUCCGUCAGGACAGGGACAGACGGGAUCGCGAGGUGGAGGAACGGGAACGGAUGGCACGACUCAUGAAGGAGAGGCUGAGCCAAAGUGAUGAGAGCCAACUAGCAAAAGACCUACAAAGAGCAGAAGAGAAUAGAAGACUGGAAGAGCAACGUGAGAAAGAAAGGAAGGAAAGAGAAGAACGAGAGAGACAGAGACUGGAACAGGAAAGGCGGGCAAAGGAGGAGAAGCAGCGUCGGGAACGGGAAGAGCAGGAACAGCGCGAACGAGAGGUGGCCGAACGUCGAGCAAGGGAGGAGGCAAGUCGUCUUGAGAAGGACAUCGCAGCUAAGGAGGAGCAGACGAAGAAGGCACUGCUACUGGCACGGCUGAAGGCCAUCGACCAGGGGGAGAACCCUGACGAGGUGGUUGUACAGAACGGUCCUGGUCCUGUUAGAGAGCUGAAACGACAGAGCAGCAUUGGCAGUCGCUCCAACUCGGGGAAGUCACAGAAGGAAUGGAACUUCAGGAAGCCUGACGAGAACUUGCACAACGGUCUGCCAUCCCACAACGGCAAGGAGGAGGAGGAUGAUCUGACGUUCGGCGGGUACGCUCCAACGUUCGGAACCCGCAAGACCAAGGAACCCGCGAAAAAGAAUGUCUCCACGAUACAGUUCAACGAUGAGUUUGCCCCAAAGAAGCGGGACGCUGGGAAGAACAAGUCCAAUCUCAUGGAGUCUCUGUUUGGGGAAACGGAGCGAAAGAUGGACAAAAAACAAAGCUCUUUUGGGGAAGAUGACAUUUUCUCAUCGAGUACCAAAGCUAAGCCAGUAAAGGAUCGUUCGGCUUAUCCCUGGGAGAAGGAAGUGAAUGUUGCCUCGAGCAAGAAAAAUACGAAAAUGGAGCCAACCUCCACGCUGUAUGGUGGUGGUUCUGCCAUUGUUGACGAGGAACCAAAGUUUACCACGAGCAAGGAAUCCCCUUUCUUACCUCGGCGACCACGAAGGGAGAACAGCUUUGGUAACAAGCCCGCGAUCAACGCGGUGGACUCUAUUGACGAUGAAAUCGAGGAAGUCAUUCUAUGAAGCUGACAUCGGAACACUGGUCACU